AUGGCGGCAAGGGAGCAGCUGCAGGUGGAGGCGCAGCAGCAGCCGCAGCACGUGCAGGCCGGCGCCGGCGAGUGCUCGCGCCCGCGCCCGCUCUUCAUCGUCGCCGCCAGCUUCCUCUGCAAUGGCAUCAUCUUCGGGGUCAUCAACUCCUACAGCGUCUUCUACGUGCAGCUGCUCGCCAAGCUGGAGCGCAACGGCGUCUCCGAGGCGUCUUCCAAGGCCUCCCUCGUUGGUGCCCUGGCCAUGGGAACAACUUUCAUCCUCUCUCCUGUUGCGGGCGUCCUCACCGACCGCUUUGGAAUCCGCCUGACAACGUUCGUUGGCGGCGCGCUGGCCUCGGGUGGAAUGUUCCUCUCCUCUUUGGUGGAACCAAUAGAACUUCUCUGUUUCACAUAUGGAAUCAUGUUUGGAACAGGAGCCUCCCUGGUCUACACUCCUUCCCUUGUAAUUCUGGGCCAUUACUUCAAGAAAUACAUGGGCAUUGUGAAUGGAUUUGUAACUGCUGGGAGCUCUGUAUUCACUAUAGUGAUGCCUUUUGUUAUCGAAGGCCUGCUGACUGCCGUGUCAAUGGAGUCAUGUAUGCAGUUUCUUGCUGGUCUAAUGGCGCUCAUGAUGCUAUGCGCAGUGCUGUUUAAGCCCGUAAAACCAGCCAGUGACGCGUCUAACAACGUAAAAACUGGUUUCAAAUCACUGCUGAAUGUGGACAUAUGGAAGAAAAAGAAGUAUGUUAUUUGGGCAAUUGCUGUUCCUUCAGCGCUUUUUGGGUACUUUGUUCCAUACAUACACAUGCUGAAAUUUGUGCAAGACUCUUUCCCUCAAGAAGAUGGAAAGCUCUUGAUAAUGUGUCUUGGAGCUACUUCUGGAUUAGGCAGAUUAAUUUUUGGAAAGAUUGCAGACAUUCCAAAAGUCAAUCGAAUAUUUCUACAACAAAUAUCGUUUGUAGCAAUUGGCUGCCUUACCAUGCUACUGCCAAUAGUGAACAAGUUUGGCAUUCUCGUGGUAAUAGCGUUGUGCAUGGGACUGUUCGACGGAUGUUUCAUCAGUCUUCUUGGUCCAAUAGCUUUUGAAAUAUGUGGUCACAAAGGAGCUCCACAAGCAAUUGGCUUCUUACUUGGAAUGUGCUCAGUGCCAUUAACAGUGGGGCCACCCGUCGCAGGUAUUAUAUACGACCACACCAAAUCGUACACAAUACCUUUCCUGCUGGCUGGAGUGCCCCCAAUUGUCGGAGGAAUCGCGCUGUACUUGGUACAGUGCGUUACAGACGACGAUGAUGAAGACAGAGCUAUGAGCGAUGCCAAGUCUCUACAAGUAAUAGACACUCCUACUGCAGUCGAAGACAAUAAGCUGGGAGCUAUAACUAACUGUAAUUCACCGAGCCAUCCAUUAACACUCGAAAAUGGAACAGUUGACAAACAUAUAAGUACUGGAAAUGACUGUGAUGAUGAUGAUGUACUUGGGGAACUACCACACAUAACCGAGGCAGAAUCUCUUCUUGAGGAAGUGAACAGAGCAAUGAAUGGAAAAGUUGGAGUUUGACAGUGUUUUAUGUAAUGAAAUGUAAUUUUGUCUCUAAAGACUAAAAAUAAUCUACAGGGACUGAUGUACAAUUUUUACAGUGGUUUCCAACAUACAUUUUACAAUAAAAGAAAUAUUAACUACAAAUACAAUUUGUAACUCUGUAAAACACACUUCAUUCUUUUUCUUGUUCUCAAUGUGAUAAAGCUGAACAUGACAUGUUUAUGCAUUUCUUUUUAUGUUUGCUUCUACUAUGUCUUUUCAUGGGAAGAAGUAGUGUUUAGUGUUCAUCUUAUUUCAAUUCCAGUAGAAGCAUUUACUGAGUGAAACAAUCGAGCGUGAAAUCACCAGUGUCUUACUUAUUGCACAUGCAUUUGUACUUACAUGGUUAUGUCAACAAUUUUAAGCAUUAUUGUCACAAGCAUUUCCAAAAUUC